UAUCAAUUGAGUGGAUCAGUAUACUUUGUUAGUUGCGUUUUAUGCAAAGCUUCUGCUGACAAGAAAAUUCUCAUUAGGUUUUUACUUUUCUUUUGAUCAAUUAACGUCAUAGCUACGUUUGGCUAUGUUGGUAAACGCCAUAGAUGACAUUCGUACCUGAAAGCUCAUCUUUGGCUGAAAUUCCGUUAGUGCGGUUACUGCUAUCUGAAUUGGAAACAAAAUCUACGUCAUCGUAUGCAUAAAAGAAAAUGGUGGUUUGGUUUGCAUGGUGUGUUAUUCAAUGUAUUUGAAAAUGUUCUUCUGAUUCUGGGCUGACAUCUUGCAUCACCUCCAGCGUUGGUUACAGUCUCUGCAUUCGGAAAGCAUAUAGCAAACUAUAAUUAUCAGUGCGGUGAAUUAUGUACAUACUCAGUAAGGUCUGAAUGAAGAGAUUUGAAGUAGUGACCAUCUGAAGAGAUUAUCUAAAUCCAUAGCUACUUUGACAGUUCAUAAAUAUGGGGGUGCAGGACUUACAGAGUUUCCUUGAAAGUCCACAAGUGACUGGUGGAUCAGUACCUGUAGAUCUAUUACGUAUUGCACGUGGUGUUGCUCAGAGGCAGGCUCGUCAACAGCAGAGAGGCGGAAAGAAUGCUGGUUCCCAACAUACUGGUAGCAACAAGCUUAGUCUUGUUGUAGAUGGUGAAUGUUGUCUUGACAGAUUAUAUGGAGGCUAUUUCUCAGAUUGGGCAUGUGGUGGUCAGUGGAAUCGUAUGGUUCAGUUUUUAGCAGUUUUGAUACAAACAGUGCAGACAAGCCACAUUGAACUUGCAGUUUUUUUCAAUGGAUGCUUAGAACAACAACGUAUGACUGAAUGGAUUACAUCCCAGCAAGAAGUGAGGAAGAAAAUCAAUCAGGUAUUAAAACAUAUCAGCACUAAAGGCACACCUCCACCAAAGGUCUGGUGGACUGCUCCUGUAUGUCUGAGAACAUGUUUACGCAUGGCCUUGCGCCAUCUCAGCGUUAGUGUGUUAUGUACCAUGGAUGAUCAUCAUCAGGAAGUGAUUGCAUAUUGUAGAGAAAAUGGUUUCCAUGGUCUUAUGGCUGAUGAUGGGGAAUAUGCUGUAUUUGAUCCCCCACGUUACUUCUCUUCUGAACAUCUUAAAUUAACUUACAAGGGCUCCCUUGAGACUAAAGAGUACAUCCUUACUGAAGUUGCAAAGGGUUUGGGUUUGCAACCUGAUAGAUUCUGUAUACUGGCAGCACUUCUUGGCAACUACAUGCUAACAGAACAAGACUUGGCAGACUUCUAUCGUAAAUUAGGCAUGACUCAGAAUCCAGGAAAGAUUCCAGUUGAUGUACUAGUAAAAAAUGUUGCUGGAUUUGUGAAGACAUUACCUUCUAUAGAUAAUUUGGAUUCCACCGCAGUUCAGGUUUUUGGCACAUCAUCUGAUAAACGGGCAUCAAAACUGAAGCAGAGUGUACAGUAUUAUUUGAAUGGCACUAAGGAUGGUUUCUUACGUUAUCGGCCACAUCCAGCAGCAAGGCGAUCUGAUACAGCACACGUCACUGGACAAGCCAAAACACCUCCUCACACAAAUACCAAAGGCAAACAUGCCGAAAAUCUCGAUACUUCUAGGUUUGCUUCUGAAACUGCAGAGAGUGAGCGAGAUAGUUUGGCAGCCUACAAUGAAGCUACGGCAAAUGCUACUAAAACACCACAAAUAGUAAUUGAACCUCCCACAAUUGGUAGCCAGAGUGAUAUGGCAAAAUCUGCUGUUAAUGACAACCUGAGCAACUGUGAGGCAAAGAACCAUACCAGUGGUGCUGAUGAGGAAGAUACAACCUUGACUGUUGGGAUAUCAAAUUCUCAUGCCAUAAACGGUGGAAAUCACAGAUCCAGUCUACUUAUAAGUUCAUCUAGUUCAAGCAGCAGUUCUAGUGCCACUUCACCGUGCAGACUUACUCCAGAAGUUGGUUGGAACAGUCAGAAUUCUAAGUCAGUUGCUGGUGCAGAGGAUGUGAUUAGACCUACAUCCAACAAACUUCCAUCACUACCAAGUAUACCACCUGAAGUGAUGCGUACAGCCAGUGAGAGACAUCAAAAAGGACUAAUGUCACCAUAUAUAUACCAGAUUCUAACACAGGGUGAAAUAAAACUGCCCAUGUUAAUGGAAGAUGAAACUCACAAAGAAUUGCCCAGUAUUCAUCUUUUAUAUCGACCUGUGAGGCAGAUGGUAUAUGCAAUUCUGUUCAACCUUCAUCAUUACAUGUAUAUGGCUUCUAAGAGCAAAGAGAAAGGUGAGGCAGAAAAAUGUGAUAUCCCAGAACUUUGCGUAAAAGAAUGGAUUUGGUCAAAGUGCAAUCCAUAUCAAUCACCAGACUUGGUGAAAGCGGAACAAAUUGGAUGGGGUGUUCCUACUAUUCAGAGACUUUGGUUUGGAUCUGCUAUUGAUGACAAACGUCGCCGCCUUCGGGCAUUCCUGACUUGUAUGCGCUCAGACACUCCACUGAUGCUGAAUCCUGCCUAUGUUCCCCAGCAUCUACUUGUAAUGGCUUCCGUACUCAGGUACAUAAUGUCAUUUACUGACAAGAAGAUUCUCCGUAAACCAGAACUUGAUGCAUUCAUUGCACAGGCCUUUUCUCCAGAACUCAUGAAUGCUCAUUACCUUCAAGAGUUACAGCUCCCUGUGGUGUCAAGCCGUGGUGUCCAAUUAGCUGCGUUGUUCAUGCAAGGGGUAGAGACUGCAUUGCUAGCAAACGAUGCUUGUGGUGCCCCUAUUCCCUGGCUUAUGUGUUGCCCAUGGCUGUUUUUUGAUGGGAAGUUGUUCCACCAUAAAUUGGCAAGGACAGCUGUUGUUAAAAACCUUCUGGAACUAUGUGACCACCAUAUUGAACAUGUUGUGAAGGUAGAACGAAUGCGUAAGGCUGUUCUGGAAGGACUCAGUGUUCAGUUUGCAAGACCACCACUUCCUCAGAUGGCCGGUUCACACAUUUCCCUGUCUCCCUCUAAUAUCAUGCCAGCAGGAGGUCCAUUGAUGGCAUCCCGUACUUUGCCUGUGGGGCGCGGAGGUAACUUGUAUCCUACAAACAAUGGUGCUGCACGAGGUAUGCUUCGUCGGUCUGUGCCAACCAGAGGUGGACAGUUAGAGAUUGCUGGGGUUGUUGUUGGAAGUUGGGGUCCCAACUAUGGCACCAGAGGUGGAAUAUGUGGACCACCACAUUCUGGACCCAUUGCUGCUCACAGAGGAAUUAGGCUUGUUCCUCCACAGGUUACAUCAGUUGGUGGUUUGAAGACAUACCGACAGAGCAGUGUUAUAUCAGGAUACCAUGUGGCAUCUCUUGGUGCCACUGGCCGCCCUACUUUUCACACGCGGGGAUCUGGCAAGAGUUCGGCUGGUGCUGUCAGAGCUAAGAAGAACCAGGCUGGUGGCAACAAACGGAAGAGUUCUUCUGGCAGCAAAAAAAUAAUUCACAGAGAUUCAGAGAAGGGCAAGGGCCGAGGAAUGACAGUAGAAGCACCAAACAGUGGUGCCGCACUUCCUGCAUCAGACUUCCUCAAUAAUGACGUUGGUUUUUCUGGUGGAAGUGGAGUUGUAAACCGGCCUAGUGGAGAUUCUAGCAAGGGAACAAACAAAGUGGCAUCUGGUCAGUUUGAUGAUGUAUCACCUGCAGCUACCAUAAUAGCCAUUCCUGAUAAAUGUGACUCCUCUAGUCUUAAAAAACCGAAAGAUGUAGAAAUCUCCCUAACCCUUGUAGAUGGUAUUGAAAAUAAAGGCCAAGGCAAUGAGUCAGCUACAUCAGUAUUAGCAGGAGUACCAACUUCUGAAAAUUAAGGUUUGUAGUAAAGCAUGUGUCCAAAAGGAGAUGGAAUUAACACCUCAAUGUUUCUAAUACAUUUGCUUCAGUAUGCAAAAUUACACCUUCCUCAGUUUGAUUUUUAAAGUUAUUGACUAUUUUGGUACAUUUAUGUACUGGGAUUGAUGUGACUGAAACAAUAAAAGAAAUUUGUCUCCAGUGUGGGGGACUUGAUGAAAAUUAAAAUUUGUAACUGCAGUUGGUUUUGAGAUUCUCACAGCAGUGGCCAUGAAGAGUUCCCUCUUCUGGGACAUAACACUGUUCAGUCUGGUGAAAGUUGGCUGACGUUUGGGAGGAGGUUAUCACCUCCAUCUUCAGGGUUUUAAGAGUAAGCUGAGCAAGAAACCAUCAUGAAGCAGGCAGCAAGUAGAACAUUGCUCUUAGACCCAGAAGAUGGAGGUGAUAUGCUCCUGCAGAAUGUUGGUUGACUUUCACCAUACUGCAUGGCUCUAUAUCCUUGAAGAUGGUAAUUUAUUUUUAGGAUUUGGAUUCAAUAUGCCACUUUGUGAGGAUGCUGUGAUUGUUUAUGGAUUGUACUUUUAGUGUAUGGCAUUCAUUUUAUCUAAAAAAUCCUUGUCUUAAAAUUAAUACAGAGAGGCCCAAAAGUCAGUUAAUUGAUUAGUAAAAUGUGCACUAAAAUACAUUAGAAAUUUCUGUAGUAUUUAAUGAAUUUACAGAAAUUGUUCAAAAGGAGAUCUUCCAUGUUCAGUGCUCAAUUCAUAUUAUUUCUACAAAUUUACUGGCAGGUUUGAAUCUGAAAAUUCCUGUUAAUACGAGAGAAUGUUUUUAAGAACUGACUUUUCAGAAUUGAAUUUUACCUCUUUAUAUACUUUUAAAUAUAACAGUGGCUAGUUAUGUCUUAUGGAGGCAUAAGUUUUAAAAUUGUAAAUUGUCAGUUUAAAAUGAUGUGCAGAAUUAUAUGGUUGAGAUAUUUCAAUGUUUUUUCUUCAUCAGUGUAGCCAAAAUGGGUGGAGGUUGUUUGUAUAUAUCCAGUUUCUUUUGCUUUGCCUUUUCUGUUUCAAAAGGACAUUUUAAUAGUUAUAAAUAAUAAAUAUUUAUGUUAAAUUUGAUUUGUUUCAUUCUGGUCCAUCACACUAACAAUAUUAUGA